CUGAAGGGGAAAAAAAAUGAAACCCUAAAAGCAACCCUCUCCCUGUUCGAGCAGCAGCAGCCCCCAUCCCCCCUAACUCUCUCAGUCUCACUUAAGGAGUAGAGCCUCUGACUCUCACACUCCCAAAAAAGCACCGCCCACCGCCACCUCCACCGCUACCGCCGGGCUACUCUGCUUCGUCUCGUGACUCUCGUCCUCGUCCGGCGCGGCUCACCGUCGCUGCUGCCUUCCCCUUGCCCGUCUCUGCUUCGCCGUGCUUGGUCUCCCUCUUCUCAGAAUAUUCAUCCCUCGUGCAGAGAGAGACGCACACUAGGACUAAGCUCUUAUAAUCUCGUAGCUGUGUUCAUUCCAGUCUUUGUGGGAUGGCUCUGAGAGGAGUAUGGCAACUUCAGAAGCUCAUUGUUAGCUAUUGCAAUUGGGGCGGAAGCAGUAGAGGUAUAAGGGCUUUUAUGGAGUCGGAAUUGCCUGUGUUUAAGGAGAAGAAUCCUCAAUUAGAGGUUGUUACUGAACUCAUUCGUGGUCAGCAUCCACAUUUGAAGGCCUUUUACAAGAACAAAAACGAGCGAGUUAUAUGCGUGAAGAACAUGGAUCCAGAAGAUGUACUUCACCAUGCAACGAGGCUAAGGAAUGCAUUGGGAAGAAAGGUGAUCAAACUGAGGACAAGGCAUGUAACCAAGCGCCCUAGUGUGCAAGGUACAUGGACAACUGCUCUUCGAUUUUAAGAAUAAUAACAAGUCCAGAGUGUAGUGUUCCAAACUUGUUCUUUUCUUUCUGAUGAAUUUACCAAUAUUGUGUAAACCAUAUUUGAGUAUAAGUUCUCAUGCUGUUUGUGGCACAAUUUUUAUUUCCUUCUUCCUUGUUUGCUGCCUCAUGAUGAAGAGCAAAGUCAUGUUCAUAGUUAAUAGUGGCAAUAGCUCGCGUUAUAGAUACAGAUACUGUUCGAGCUGCUAUCUUUUUUUCUUCUUCUUUAUCUAAGAAUAAGAUAGGAUUAAU